AUGUCAAUCAUCAAUACAAGCACAGAGUAUUAUAAAGUUCAACCACGCUCUUCUUCAGAAAGAGAUAAUAGCCAUCUACUUCAAUCAGCGUUAAAAGCAGCGUCAAAUGAUAUGGCUCAUAGAUUAUUAAACUAUGCUUCAUUGGAUAAGAUGGACUGUGAGGCUAGUUGUAUUCUGAUUGCAUUAGCUAACCAUCAAGAAAAUCAAGCGACUGGAUUGAAACAGGAAGAGCAAGACAGCCAGAGUACAAUGAAUAAUGAAUGGAAAAGAAAGCUUGAUGAAGACAAGACGAUCGUGGUCUUACCACAAAAGAGACAAGCUGCAAAAGCUACUGUAGUCGUACAACCAAAUCAUUCAUUGAAAAAUGACCCAAUAAUGCUUUUGAUGGCUGCAGCAGAAGUAGUAGAAAGAAAGAAGAGAAAAGUAUCAAAACAUAAGCAACAUGGCUUCUCAAGGCAAUAUCAUUCAAUGAAACAAAAUCCAAAGAUAAAGCAAAAUGCUUUACAUGCUUACAUUACUUAUAUGAUCUAUAACGAUUUAGCUCAUAGAUCUCCUUCAAAAUACCCCAAUAAUAAAAAGAUCCCUUGGUAUUCCUCUCCUCCUGCCCCUGCCUCUCAUCCUUCCUUGCAAGACAAAAAAACAUCCCCCAUCAUUUCACGCCCAUUGACAGCUUUCCUUUGGAAUGACACAGCCAUGAUAGAGAAAAAAAAUGUCAUGAUUUUACCUCCUAUUGGCUCAAAAAAUUCACAGUAA